AUCGGUUUUCUCAAAUUUUUUUGAGUUACCUUAACUUAUUGGGUUUUACAGUGUAUGAAUGCAUAUGAUAUGCCAACUCCUGGAAUUAUGCUGACAUUUGGUAGUGUGUACCACACAUAUGCUUGUGAGGAAGGGUAUUUCUCAGCAAAGGUUAAGAGCAGAGGAGAGUGCCCUGUCAGAGUCUCUUUAAAGCAGUCUUUUGAUUACCAUAGCUCCACCCAGUGCUUAUCCAGUUACCAGUUCCUUCUCAGCUAUUGGAUGAGAGUUCCUAAUCAUGCAAGGUAGUGAAUCCCUAGGGGUGGUGGGGCUGGGUCUGAAAGAACUCCUUUGGCAGGCAGAAUAGAGGUUUUAUUGAGGAUAUUUCUAAACUAACCAUCAGGGACCAAGUCACUGGAUUGUAAAAAAAAAAAAAAAAUACAUAGAGCCGAAUCACUCUGCUUCCCCUCCUUUCUCUCUCUCACUCUGUUCAUUUCAGCACGGAGCACGGCAGCUCUUGAGCACCCAGCAGCACACAGAAUGCAAGGAAUCUACCCCCUUGCCUUAGACCAACAACCCAAGUACCAGGGCUGAGAGAAGAUCUGAGAGGAAUCAAAGGUUGGAAUUAAAAACCUAAAGAGGAGAACUGACAUAAUUUUACAGGGAAAAGAAACACAAGGAGAGGAUCAUUGGUUGAAUAUUUGCCACUGGAGUUAGAGUUGUCUUGUUAUCCUCUUUGAGUGUCCAGGACUCUACUCCUCUCCUCUCCAUCCCUGUGCCGACAAGGUCAUGGGGAGGCUGAGGAGACCGGUGCUCUCCAUGUGCACGCUGCUUAUAUUGCUUCAUGGCGUAGAGCCGGCUGUACCCCUGGAGGAGUUCUACCCAUUUGGCCUGGAUGAGGGUGACUCUCAGACCAUUGAGCAAGAUGAUGGGGGAUCAGGACUGGUAGCCAUAUCAGUGGCUUUCCCUUUUUUCGGAGAACGGCACACUGGACUCUAUGUCAACAACAAUGGCCUGGUGUCUUUCUUGAGGGAGGUGUCCCAGUUCACCCCUGUGGCAUUCCCUAUUGCUGGUGACCGAAGAGUGGUGGCUCCAUUCUGGGCUGAUGUAGACAACCGACGAGCAGGGAAAGUCUUCUAUCGUGAGAGCAAAGAUCCUGCUAUCCUGAGAAGAGCUACUGCAGAUACUAAUCGUUACUUUCCGGAGUUCCCAACAUUUGUGACCACAUGGGUGCUAAUUGCUACCUGGCAUCAAGUCACAUUUUUUGGUGGCAGCUCAAUAACUCCGGUCAAUACAUUUCAAGUAGUUCUCAUCACAGAUGGUGAACUCUCCUUCACCAUCUUCCAGUACCACAAUAUUACCUGGACAACAGGAAUGCAUGCUACCAGUGGUGGAGAUCUCGCUGGCUUAGGGGGCAUAGCUGCGCAGGCAGGUUUUAAUGCUGGUGAUGGGAAGCGCUAUUUCAACAUUCCAGGCUCCCGAACAGAUGAUAUUGUUGAAAUUGAAACCACUACGAAUGUGGGAUAUCCUGGUCGUUGGGUCUUUCGUAUUGAUGAUUCUCAUGUUCAAGUGGGUGGCUGCAACGACUCAGCUUCAGUCUGUGCCAAUUUAAGGCCCUGUCGAAAUGGUGGACGUUGCAUUGAUGACUGCAUCACUGGAAAUCCCUCUUUCACUUGUUCGUGUUUGGCUGGAUUUACUGGACGCAGAUGCCAGAUAGAAGUUGAUGAGUGCUCCUCAUACCCCUGUCAAAACGGAGGCACAUGUGUGGACAAGAUCAACCACUUCAUCUGCCUGUGCCCAGUGGGAUUCAUAGGGGCAACAUGUGAGACAGACAUAGACGAGUGCCAGGAGACCCCAUGUCUCAAUGGAGCACAGUGCAUACAGGGUGUCGGCAACUUCACCUGUAAAUGCCAAGCAGGUUACACUGGGUUCCUAUGCGAGUCAGACAUCAACGAAUGCAUGUCAGUGCCAUGUUUGAAUGGAGGUGUGUGUGAAGACCUGGUAAAUAACUACACCUGCACCUGUACAGCAAACUUCACUGGAAGCGCAUGUGAGACAGAGUUGGUUGUUGCUGAUGCUGCAAAUCAGACAGAAUCCUGUGUUGGAGAGAUUUGUAAUAAACAUCAAAUCUGCGAGUACACUAACUCUGGAAAUUACAGCUGCACCUGCAUGCCCGGAUACUACGGUGACAACUGUGAAGAGGAGUGCCCCUGUCAGAAUGGAGGUAUUUGUGUUGAUGUGAAUGGCACUUGUGACUGUCCUACAGGCUUCACUGGACUCUACUGUCAGUUUGAAGUAACACAAACACCCUGCAGUAACAACAGGCCAUGUCCAGAUGGAGGUCCCUGCUUGGAAUAUGGUGGCACAUACCUUUGCACCUGCCAAACUGGUGCCGAAUUUGAUCACAAGGAUUUCUACCCCUAUGUACAGCCCCAAUCAGCCUGCGACUCCUCUCCGUGUCAGAAUGGAGGGUAUUGCUAUGAAAGAGAUGGAGACUACAUCUGCGAGUGCAAACACGGCUACAGAGGCAAGCAUUGCGAAAGAGUCAGAUUAAGUAUCUGUGCUUCUAGUCCCUGUCGUAAUGGAGGUUCUUGUAAAGAAGAAGCUGACAGCUACCAUUGUGUCUGCCCCUACCGUUUCACAGGGAAACACUGUGAAGUGGGAAAGCCAGAUCCAUGUGCUUCCAGUCCCUGUCGAAAUGGGGGAACAUGUUUCCACUACAUCGGUAAAUACAAAUGCGAGUGCUCCCCGUCCUUCAUGGGAAGACACUGCGAGAUCAACAGAGGCUCUAAUCCAGCUUUGGAGGGUCUAGACUGUGGCCCCCCUGUGAAAGCUAAGCAUGCAGAGGUACAGUAUUCCUCCACUACUCCAGGCUCCAUGGCUCUGUAUUUAUGCCACCCAGGCUACACUCCCCUCACUAGGGCCACCCAGAUCAUCUGCAGCAGCCAGGGGUCCUGGAGCCAGCCUCCAGUCUGUGAAGAGAUCAACGAGUGUUUGUCUCAGCCAUGCAUGAAUGGAGGAACUUGUCGUGAUCGUGUGGCCUCUUACCUUUGUGAAUGUGAAGAGGGUUUCACCGGUCAGCGCUGUCAGACAGAUAUGGAUGAGUGCCUUUCUGAGCCAUGUAAACAUGGAAGUACAUGUGAGGAUCAGCCUGGCUCUUACUUUUGCCACUGCCAAGAGGGCUAUGCUGGACAAGACUGUGAGAUGGAACAGGAUGGAUGUGAGCCAAAUCCCUGCUUAAAUGGAGGUAUAUGUCGAGGCUACAGGAGGAACCACCUGUGUGUGUGUAAAGAGGGUUACAUUGGAGACCGCUGCCAGACAUUGGAGAACCCCUGUGUACUGCAGCCAUGUGGGAACCGAGGUGUCUGUCGGAGUGAUAGGAGGGGGAACUACAGCUGUGCCUGCAGGGUGGGCCACACAGGGAGAGACUGUGAGAGAGAUCUGUUGCCUCCAUCUGGCCUAAAUGUGUUGCGGGUAGAAGAAAAUGAAGUGGAGCUACGCUGGGAUCAGUCAGAUGUCACUCAGAAUUUGAUCAGUGGCUUUGCUGUGGCCUUUGCUCCUGUUGGCCGUGUACCAAGAAAGACAGACUUCCUGGAGAAAAAGCAUUCCACCUAUGUGUUGCAGGGUCUGAACCCCGGACAGCUUUACAACAUCUCGACCUACUCCGUCAACAGCAUUGACAAAAGCCAGCCAGCUUUCGCUCUUAUCCGGACUAGGCCUCGUCAGGUGGAUCAGCUGGAGGUAGUGAACGUGUCGUCCUCUCAGGUUUGGCUGCGGUGGUUGGUGCAUGUUGGACGUCAUGCUGCGAUCAGUCAGGUUCGAGUGUCUCUGGUGCCAGCUGAUGGUAGUGGAUCUCGCACGGCCGUUCUCAACAGCAGCGUCACAGAUUACACCUUCAGCACAUUACUCCCAGGUCAGAUGUACACAGUAGACGUAGUCACUCAGAGUGGUUUGCGCCCUGAAGACCUGCCAUCAACCAGCAAAUCUGCCGGGCCCCUACACUUCUGGACCAGACCGCUUCCACCUCAAAAUCUUUCAAUCUCCCAUAUCACCACCACCUCUGCUCUGGUCACAUGGGACCAUCAUCCUCAGAGUCUUCCAGAUGGUUUUGUGGUCAAUAUUACUCGAGGUCUGAACACCCGCAGCCGAUACCUACCUGGAGGAAGUUUAGGCACAUACACCCUACGAGAUCUCAUUCCGGGACAACACUACCGACUUACCCUCACUGCUGUACGCAAAACAGGCCAGGACAGCAUUCACAGCGUCCCUCAACACCUAGCCUUUGCUACACUACCAGUAAAGAGCACUAGCAGAGGUGACAGACCUCAGGGUGGACAGGACUACCAGAUGGGGCAGACUUUGACACAAGUUCAAGAUGGAGGCACAGAUGAGAACACAGAACUCCUUGAAGAGCCACUAAGAUAUACAGAGCUUAUCGACGGAAGGGGGAGAAUUACAGCUAAAUUUACCAAACUUCCACAUAAAACCAUCAGACACCGCAUUAAGCCUGAUCCUCCAAUCAAAUUAGAAAGGAUGGAAGAAACCACAAAUAAGAUUAGUCUAGCUCUGGAAAUUCCUGAAGAAGCGUCAAAGAGUAAAUCUGAGUCAUCUCAAGACUGCAGAACUCAGCCCUGUCAGAAUGGUGGAACGUGUGCACAGAUCAACGAGUCCUUCAGCUGCAACUGUCCAAGCGGUUUCAAGGGCAGACGGUGUGAGCUAUAUUGCCAGCGAGUGUCUCACCCAUGCACUCGCCUUUACUCCGAAACAAAGAGUGUGCCUGUGUGGGAGGAUGGUGUCUGCCAUUAUUUGUACAAAAGGACAUAUAAAGUUCAGCAGGAUGUUUGUUUUAGAGAGAUCUGUGAGCCUUUGCUGCCUAAGAAAACUCCACACAGAAGAACUCAAAAACAUCAAUAAUAUAGGAGGCUGAAUAAACUUUGGGGAGUAAUUACUUCUCUCGAUUAAAAUGAGGAUGCAUUACCAUCAUCGUUGGUCCAUUUUUGCAUCACUGGUCACCUUUCAUUGUCUGUAUUGUUCUAUGGACCAUUUUGGUCAAAUACAACUUCAGAUCUGUAAAUGACCUUCAACCAUAUGAUUUAGGAGAUACCUGCAUCAGUUAGCAUACCUCAAAUGUAAAUAUUAUGAGAUACUGAAAUGUAGUGGCCGUCAAAUCCCUCAGGGAAUUUUUUUUUUUUUUUUGUAAUUAUUGCCUGUUCAGUUUUUAAAACAUAAAAGCAUUUCCAUUCAACAGUUCUUUAAAGCCUGGAUCUCUUCAACAGAAAGAUUGCACAAAAAUAAUGAGGAAAAAAAAAAGUCGCACCGUUGUUUCUGUUUGUGUAAAGCAAAACUCUUUGCUAGCUACCGUGUAAAUAGUGUUUAUAGUCUGUGUUUUUGUAGUUGAAUAUUUUAAUAAUAAAAUUGUUAAAACGUCA